GUCAACAUUCAUAUUCAUUGGAUAUGUAUGACUCUCGGAUUACUGGUCCUCAACGGCAAUUUCGGAGUAGCUUCGAUUGUGGCAAUAUUAAUCAGCCGGAAGAAAAAAAAAAAAGAGAGAGGAAAAACUCAGGGCGCAGCAGCACAUUUACACUAUCAAACUUUUAACUCUUAAAAAGAAAAUAAUUCUCAGGUCGCAAAUUUGUUGUUCCGGCCGAGAACUAUUUUGGAGAGUGCUCAAGGUUCGUCUCUGCGCCCGAACGCGAGAAGGCUUAAUUAAAUAUUAUUGUCUUCGCAAAAAACAACAUGUCUCCCACUGAUGGCUCCCCUAUGUACUUCGUGUCAUAUUUUUUGCCAAACCUUACGGUGACCGAGAUACCAAAUAAAAUUUCCAAGUGGCAGAAAAAGUCACGACUCUUUGAGCAAUAAUGGUCCAAGAGAACCACCGGAGCUUAGGAAGCAAUAGUAACCUAUCCAACAAAAUUAAUGCCAACGACAACAGUCAGGCAGACCCAACUGCAGACCCUCGAAGCCCUGCUGCCACUGCUGAAAAUGCGGAUUCUUACCGUGAAUUUCUUAAUGAACUGGUGGACUCAAUACGAAAUGAAGAUCAAGUAAUGGUAGCUCGCAUUAUUGGUCUUAUACGAUCUGGCGCAUCUCAGGAUGAGGUCCUUGGGACGAUCCGGAGCGCAAAUAGUUAGUGCGAAAAAGAGGGUAUUCGUCACGGUUCUGCGUAGGGAACUGUAUAUUUGCACUUGAGUUAGGCUAUGGAUGGUUCUUUGCGAUAAGAUUUCAUCAUCACUCAAGUGUAGAACCAAUAAAUGUUACAAGUUCUAAUGCACUGAACAUUUACGGCCAAUACCUGCCAGUGUCAUUCCUUUAUAACCACGGUCAAGCCUCGAUUCAUAAUAAUACGAAACAGCUAGCUAUUGUGCAGAUAUCUUCCUAAUAAGUUCUUACCUGUACCCCACUUCGACACCCAGAUAAUAACCCAUAAUAGGAACUAUUUUAUUAAUGCUUUUUGUUCCGAUGAGACGGUCGAAGUAUUUCCAGAAAAGGACCGUUCUCGUAUCAG